AUGAAGACAAAGCACCGCGGAGCCAGGAGUCAGGCUGCUACUAGGGCAUGGAAAGAGAGAAAGAGCGGGGACGAGGCAAAAUGGAAAAAAGAACGAAAAAUUGAUAAGGAAGCAGCCAGGGCCUUUGCGCAGGCGUCCAGAGGUCGAUAUGGUACCAUGCGCUUAGGAAUGAAGGAAAACACCGACCAAGGACAAAUACAUGUGCCCCUCCCAAGUCCCGAAUGGAUUGUGACGUGGAGGUCGACUUUCAAUCGGGCGAUGAAAAGGCAGCUGGAAAUGAUAAUCGAAGAAAGAGGCCAGGGUCUGAAAGAUUUUGAUCCCUCCUAUUCGGAAGCUUCACAUAAAGUCCUCGAGAAAGCCCAAACCGGUCUUAUCAGGUGGUUGACAACGACUCCGGCGUACAAGGGCAACAACAGGAAUGCGAAACUCCGCUUGCUUUUCGAAGUCAACGUUCGAGCUAAAAAGGACCUUCCACCUAGUUAUCUGGAGCAAAUUAUGCUGGAAUCCGAAGGAGCAGAUCAGCCAGAUACGCCACGAGCUCCCGACAUCAGAUAUGUUAUCAGCGAUCGCUUCAUCCCUCCUGACGACACUGGAGCGACCGUGUACCGUUCAUUCUCUGAUGACAACAACCAAGAGGAAGAUGAAGGCACCGCCUCGUAG